ACACUUCCCGCAGCGCCUGAGCCGAGUCGCUCCGCUCUGUUCGGCUCCGCCGGCAGCAGCAGCCGCCCGCGGCGUGGAGGGAUCCGGCUGCUCCCUCCUCGCACCCUCGCCGUGCCGAGUGCACCGGCCGGUCCCGCGGCUCGGCAGCCUCCUCUGGGCGCCCGAGCUCGGCCGCGCUCUCUCGCGGGCUGCUGUGCCCGGCGGCAGCGGGGACCCAGGUGGCUGGCAGGAGCUGAAAGCUGAGCCCUCUCUCUCGUUUCGUUUCAUUUUUCUCUUUUUUUAACACACACGAUACUUAUGCCGGGGGAAGCCGAGGUGCUGCUGCUAACAGGACGCGGAAUGCAGCUCGGCUGCAGCGGGUGCUGAGAGCGGCGGCCGCCGGAGGAGGGAGCGGCUCUGUCAGCAGCCUCUUCUUCCCGCGGCGGCUGCUCGGCUCGGGCUGUCUCUCGCCCCCUUCGCCGUGGCAACCCGCCUCAAACUUUCAGCCUGUUUCCGCCGCCAGGCAAAGCCCAGCUCGACAUAAAUGGUGGAGGCGAUAGUGGAGUUUGACUACAAAGCUCAACAUGAUGAUGAGCUGACGAUCACUGUAGGUGAUAUAAUCACCAAUAUCAAGAAAGAUGAUGGAGGCUGGUGGGAAGGACAGCUCAAAGGCAGAAGAGGUUUGUUCCCUGACAACUUUGUAAGAGAAAUAAAGAAGGAGAUGAAGAAAGAAAAUACUGCCAACAAACCACCAGAGAAGCCUAUAAAUGAAGUUUCCAAUGGAAGCUCUUUACCACUGUCUGAGACAAUUAUUAGAACCAACAGAAAAGGAGAGAGAAACAGAAGAAGAAGAUGUCAGGUGGCUUUCAGUUACAUGCCUCAAAAUGAAGAUGAACUGGAAUUAAAAGUUGGUGACAUCAUUGAAGUUGUGGGAGAGGUGGAAGAAGGAUGGUGGGAAGGUAUACUCAAUGGAAAGACUGGAAUGUUUCCUUCCAACUUCAUAAAAGAGCUGUCUGAUUCUGAAGAUGCUGGAAUAGAAGAGCAAGUAAAGCCGAGCCUAAAAGAUACUGCGGGCUCUGAGAGUGAUGGUGGUGACUCUUGCAGCACAAAAUCAGAAGGAGCCAAUGGAGGCACAGCAAUCCAGCCCAAAAAGGUCAAGGGUGUUGGCUUUGGAGAUAUCUUCAAAGACAAACCUAUAAAGCUACGACCAAGGUCAAUAGAAGUUGAAAAUGAUUUUCUCCCAGUAGAUAAGAGUGUUGGGAAGAAAUUACCUCCAGCCACAGCAACUCAGGAGCCAACAAAAAUAGAAGUGGACAGCAGAACAAAAACCAAGGAGUAUUGCAAAGUGAUAUUUCCAUAUGAAGCACAGAAUGAUGAUGAACUCACAAUCCGAGAAGGUGAUGUCGUCACACUUAUCAGUAAGGAUUGCGUUGAUGUGGGAUGGUGGGAAGGAGAACUCAAUGGCAGACGAGGUGUGUUUCCAGAUAACUUUGUCAAGCUUCUUCCUUCUGAUUUUGAAAAAGAGAGACCGAAGAAACCACCACCUCCAUCAGCUCCUAUCAUCAAACAAGGAUCAGGUACUACAGAUCGAAAGCAUGAAAUCAAAAAGGUGCCUCCUGAAAGGCCAGAAUGUCUUCCUAAUCGAACUGAAGAAAGAGAAAGAUCAGAGAGAGAGCAAAAACACUUAGACUUGCAGAAGCCUUCAGUUCCUGCUAUACCUCCGAAGAAACCUCGGCCACCCAAAGCAAACUCUGUGAAUAGACCUGGUACCUUGCCCCCAAGACGACCAGAAAGACCAGCUGUGCCUGUGACUCAUACAAGGAGUGAUAGUCCAAAAGUGGAAUUAGUGGGCAGUACAGUGUCCGGCACUCUAGAGAAAGACUCCUCUGAAAGAAGCAAUGACAUCGACUUGGAAGGUUUUGACUCUGUAAUUCCAAUUGCUGAGAAGCUUAAUCAUCCAACUACAACUAGACCAAAAGCUACUGGCAGGCGACCACCUUCCCAGUCUCUCACAUCUUCAUCCCUUUCAAGCCCUGAUUUCUUUGACUCCCCAAGUCCUGAAGAAGAGAAGGAGGAACAUAUUUCCAUUACUCAGAAGACUAUUGAAGUGUCAAGGAAAUCAAGAACUGUUACAAUAUCACAAGUGUCUGAUAAUAAAAAUUCCUUGCCUCCAAAACCAGGAGUUUUGACUUCUGGCUGUAUUAUACAACCAUCACUAUCUCCUUCACCGUCACCUGGAUUUCACUCAAUUGCUAUGGGAACAACAAGCCACAGGCCGAAUUCCCCAUCCCUGUUUGGUACUGAAGGAAAGCCAAAGACUGAGUACUUGAGCCAAGGUCAGACUACCCUGGAGGAGCUGAGAACACAAAUUAAGGAGCUAAGAACCAUCAUUGAAACUAUGAAAGACCAGCAAAAAAAAGAAAUUAAACAGUUGCUAUCUGAGUUGGAUGAAGAAAAGAAGAUCCGUCUACGGUUGCAGAUGGAGGUUAAUGACAUAAAGAAAGCUCUUCAAUCAAAGUGAAUGCUUGAUAGGUGGAAUGUUGCAUUAUUCUUCAUGACUGAGACUCAAAUUUAUGCCCCAGCCAAAAUAACUUUGUGCCAAAUGAUUUAAGAAUUGCCUCAACAUCCCUUUAUCUGAAGGAUUAGCACAACAGUUUUUAAUAGCACAACAAAACCACCAACAGUGAGGACAAAACUUCCACCUGAAGCAGUGCCGUGCAGCACUAGUUGUGACUGAAAUUGAUCCUCUUGUGCUAAAGGCUCUCUACUUCAAGAUCCUAGAUGAAAUGAAAACUCAGGCAGUUUAGUCCAUAGUGGUACUAUUUUGAUGAUAUUUUUCCAUAAAUAAAAUGUAUUUCAGAUUAUCUGUUUACAAGCUUUAUGAUUUUGACUUUUGGUUUCUAAUUGUCUUUUGUCACAGAUUUUAAAAUGUUUCUACUGCAUAUAGCCAGGAAUGAAUGUUAAUGUUGGGGCUGGAGGGAUUAUUUUUGCUUCAAGAUAGAACAGCCUACUUUUUGUUAUGGUUUUAAGUUCUGUUAAAUAUGCAAUUUUAUGUCCCCAAACCCAAUACAGUUUAAACUUACAUUGUGUACAGUAAUGUAUUUACAAGAAGGAAACAAACCAACAGAAAUCUGGUCUUUGCAAUGA